AAAUUUAAGGAAUUGUAUCAUUUGUUUUUUUGGAAAUGGAGUCGUUUAAUUUGAAGAGAUCAUUGAAAAGCUUAAGCUUAAUUCAAUCUGUGUGGGAGGAAGGGCAUAAUUUUUCAUCCGAGCAAGAAAAAGCCGACUAUCCGUGAACCAGUAACAGAUAACAGCGGAGCGCCUUUUCCGCUGCAACCUCUCGAAUACGAUGGACAGACAUCGAGGCGACCGCUUCGGCGACGGCGGAAAGUACUCGAGAAUGCCGUCACGGUGGCCUUCGGAUACUCCACCGAACCAGCACCAACGUUUCCCUAGAGGAGGUGGAAUCUCCGGCAGUGGUGAAGGCUUCUCCGGUGGCCGUUACCACCCUUACCGCGGCCAGCCCGACUAUUCUUCCGCUGGUGGUCAGGGCUUCCGCGAUGGUCAUGGGGACCUAGGUGGGCAUCAGAUGCCUAUGAAUGCUCAAAAGCGAGGGUUUGCGGGGAGAGGAGGCUCUCCAGACUAUGGUGAGGGAAACAAAUUUGCUAAGCUGUUCGUUGGAUCAGUUCCAAAAACUGCAACUGAAGAAGAUAUUCGCCCUUUAUUUGAGGAACAUGGUGAUGUUGUUGAAGUGGCAUUGAUCAAGGACUGGCGAACUGGUCAACAACAAGGUUUUUGUUUCAUUAAAUAUGCAUCUUCAGAGCAUGCUGAUAGAGCUAUAAGAGCUUUGCACAAUCAGUUUACAUUACCUGGGGCAACGGGACCUAUUCAAGUCAAAUAUGCUGAUGCUGAACGGGAACGAUUUGGCCCAGCUGAGGACAAGUUAUUUGUUGCAUCACUCAACAGGCGGGCCACGGAAAAGGAAGUUGAGGAAAUUUUUGCUCUCUAUGGGCAUGUUGAGGAUGUCUACCUUAUUAAAGAUGAGAUGAAACAGAGUCGUGGAUGUGGCUUUGUGAAGUUUUCGAAUAGGGAUAUGGCUUUAGCAGCAAUGAAUGCACUACAUGGGACCUAUGUGAUGAGGGGAUGCGAGCAGCCAUUGAUUGUUCGGUUUGCAGAACCAAAGAGGCCAAGGCCUUUUGAUCAGAGGAAUGCCCCUGCAUUUGGUGGUCCUGGGUUUGGUCCUCAUUCUGAUGCCGUAAUCCUUAAUAGACAACCAGAAAAAUUUGAUGAGCCACGAGGUGGACACGUACCGCAUAAGGGUUGGCCCCCACUUAGUCCUCAGAGUGGUGUUCUGCCAUCACAGUCAAGUACUCAAGGAUUGGGAAGCCAAACAGUUGGCAUGGGUGGCAUUCCUCCUACAUUGGUUGGACCCGGUUCCUUUGGAGAUGGUUUGCCUCCUUCAAAUGGUGCUUUGCCAAACCUUGCACCAAUAUCAUCAUCUUCUCAGAGUUUUAACCCUCCUCUUGCACAAGCCCCGCCAUCUAUUGGUCAACAAAUUUUACCAUUGCAGAAGUCUCUCCAGCUCCCCCAAAAUGUACCACCGGCUUUGCCAUUGCAUAAUGCUCUGAUUUCAUUUUCGCAUGCACAAACACAAGCUUUACAAGCACCGAUGCAGCAACUUGGACAGUUUCCGCUCCCUCAAUCUAUUGCCCUCAACUCCUUCAGCCAAGCACAGCAAGUUCCUGGUCUUAGUGGACAAUUGUCUGCUUCGUCAUCUCUAACGCCACAAAAUGCUACUGCUGCUGCUCUUCAUAAUCCUUUAGGCCUACAACAACAAGGCUUAACAGGUGUUCCUAAUCAACAGCAGUUACCUAUUUCGAGCAUCUCACAGCACCUGCUUCAGCAACCAGGACAUCAGUUGCCGACCCAGAUGCUGCUGCAGCAGCAAGCACAAACUUUACAAUCAAGCUACCAGACUUCACAGCAGGCAAUUUUUCAGAUUCAACAACAGCUACAGAUGAUGCAGCAGUCAAAUAUAAGCCAGCAGCAGAGUUCUCAGUCUGCCAAGCAGCAGUCGCCAUGGUCCGGCCCACCAGCCACUACAACUACUCCUGCUAGUAUGCAUGGUACUGCUAUCCCAUCGACAAUAUCUGCAGCCCCAUUACAUGCUUUAAGCGCACCUUCUGGAGCAGUUACUUCAACUUGCAACUGGACAGAGCAUACUUCUCCUGAAGGAUUUAAAUAUUACUACAAUAGUGUCACUCGUGAAAGUAAGUGGGAGAAACCAGAAGAGUUAACAGUUUUUGAGCAACAACAACAGCAAAAGUUGCUAUUACUGCAGCAGCAGCAGCUACUGCUUCAGCAACAGAAAAUUUCUGCUCCACAACUUAAAUCUCCCUCUGAAACUGCAUCACAGAUGCAGGUUCAGACACCGGUCCAGUCUGUCCAACAAGUGGCUCAGACACAAGUACAGCCUCAAAUUCAGCCAAGACAGCAAACUCAAUUGCAGAUCCUUCAGCCUUCUUUAGUUUAUCAUCAGGCAUCUGGUGCGGCUAGUCAUCAAACUGUUCAGGAUAUCAGCAAUCCACAGCUACAUGGAGCUGGUUCUGGGAUUCAGGUCUCACAAGAGUGGGCUUGGAAAAAUAAACCUGCAGGUUCCUGAAGCUACGACUUUUGAGUCUUUAACGAGGGAUCACCUGAAAGCAAGCUGCAAGUCUCGACCGUAGAUUGAUUGUGCUGGAAAGGCAGUAGCAGAACCACUUUUAAGGACUCAAGAGUUGCGAAGGAACUUCCUGUAACAGUGCUGUUGUAAACUACAUAUAGGCUUUUAACUUCAAAAUCUAAAAGAAAGAUAGAAUUUUGAAUAAAUUUCUUAUUUAUCAAGAUAUUGCUCUUCCCCUGUUUUGGUGCAUUGUUACAUUCUUUUUCACUGCCAUUAAUAGCUGCAGCAUCAUUUAGUUCC